AGAUGGCUUCGACGUGUGGAGAUGGCUUCGACGCGUGGGGCUCGCAGCCCCCGUUGAGCGAACUGCCGGAUCUCGACCUCAACUCGCAAGUCCCGGCGGCGGAGGAGUUCCCGGGGAUAGGGCUCUACGGAGCCGUCCUCCAGGGCCGACGGCGUCGACCUCUUCUCUGGCCGCUCCAUGGGCUCUGGCCUCCCUCCUAAUCGACCACAGCGAGCUGGAGUAGGAGACGCAUGGGCAACCCCAGCAACACCCUACGCUCGGCAAGUGAACUUUGGUGGGUCCUCGUCGGCGGCAGCCAGUCGCGGCGGAGGAAACGGUGGUGUCUUCCCCGGCGGGUCCUCGUCGGCAACCGGUCGUGGUGGAGGAAACGGUGGCGUCUUCUCUGGCGGGUCGUCAUCGGGGGCAGACGGUCGCGUUCGUCAGCGCGCAAACUCGUCUGACGCAGUACUCGGCCGGCAGCGCACCACCACGGCUCCACGUGGCAGCGGCGGGCAGCGCACGACCACGACCUCCCGUGGCGGUGGCAGCCAACGCGUACCACGUCCCCGACUACCAAGGGCACCGAGGGCAGCGCCGACUCAGACACCUGCCUCUGGCGCACCCUUCGACAUCGAUGAAGAAAUGGAGCAUGAUGUGGAGGAGUUAGGGAGCUCCGGCGUUCCCUCGGUGAGCCAUGCCAAUCGAGCCCAAUGGAAUGAUGCAAAUAAUGCUUGCUUGCUAGAAUUGUGCGUAGACCAACGUAGAGCAGGAACAUAUAAUGGUACUGUUAUGAGUGGUGAAGGGUACCAAGCUGUUAUGGACGGCUUACUUGCUCGGAAAGGGUUGUUCUAUACUCGUCUACAGGUGAAGAACCAAAUAGGCAUCCUAAAGAACACCCACUCAUUCUGGCGGUACUUGCAAACACACACAGGGUUGGGGAGGAAACCAGAUGGAACAAUUGAUGCUGAGUCUGAUUUCUGGACAACACACACAGAGAAAAAACCAUACCUAAAGAGGUUGCAGUGGGGUCCUCCAGGAAACGAGGACUUGCUUGAUGAAUUAUUCAGAGGGUUCACUGUCGAUGGAAGCACAGCCUUUGCGCCUGGAGAUGAUUAUGGUCAGAAUCAGGAGGAAGAUGCAGGGGCAGAAGAGGAAGAGGAGUUUCAAACAACACCUACAAGUAGAAGCAGCCAGAGAAACCAAAGGGGAAAGAGGUCAUUAAGCACUUCAAGCACUUUGACCAGUCCAGUGAAGAAGAGCAAGAACCCAAUGGUGAAGUUUGUGAAGGACAUAGCUAGUACCUUCAAAGACUCUGUCACAGUCAACACUACUCAAAUUCAGAAACGUGCAAAUGAAAAGGCAGCAUAUUCUGUCGAGAGGUGUCAGGAGCUAGCAUUUGAGUGUGGCGUUCAACAAACCGUUGAUUCUGUAUAUGCUAUGUCCAAGUUGUUUGAAUCAGAGUACCAAAGGCAGUUCUUCUGUGGCAAAUUAAGUCCUCAGCUUAGGUUGGGUUACUUCAAGAAAUGGUGCAGGGACAACAAUAUGAGCUUAGGAGAUGUUGAGUAGUUCUUUAAGAAAUGUGUGUGUGAAGCUGUGGGGUUACUAUUAUGUGUGUGAGAGGUCUUCAACUAUUAUGUGCUGAACCUAUUAUGUGUGUGAGAGGUCUUGAACUAUUGUGUGUGUGUGAGGUCUUAAAUUAUUAUGUGCUGAACCUAUUGUGUGUGUGUGAAGUCUU